AUGGAAUCAUUAUCUGCUUUCGUCAAGCGCAAUGACGCGCUUAAAAUCAAUCCUCCUUCCGCCGCUAUCCAUAUCACUAGCCGUGGCAGUGACUGGCUAUGGACUGUCUUUGCGAUAAACUACUUCUCUCUUGUCGUCUUCCUUGGCCUCUUGUUCCGGACCCCGCGCAGAGACCGCAUCUUCCACUACAUCAGUAUCCUGACCGUUACUCUCUCUGGUAUCUGUUACUUUACCAUGGCUUCCGAUAUUGGCUCUAUUGCUGUUGCCCCCGAAUGGGUACGAAGCAGUCAUGAAGUCGCCGGAGCCACUCGACAGGUGUUUUGGAUCCGGUACUUGGACUGGUUUACUACGAUGCCUUUGAUCAUUUUCAAUGUGCUGCUGACAGCGGGUGUCUACUGGCACACCAUCCUAUACACUGUCAUGAUGACGAUCAUCUUUGUCAUCCUGUUCUUCGUCGGUGCCAUCGUCCCUGAUACCUAUCGCUGGGGUUACUACACCAUCGGCACCGUGGCGCUUUUCCUUGCCUUGGAGAACAUCGUCUGGGCUGGCAUCACCCACGCCAAUGCCCUGGGUGGUAAUAUCAAAAAGUUCUACACCUUCUUGGGCCCUUACGUCUUUAUCCUCUGGAUCCUGUACCCUAUUUGCUGGGCCUGUUCAGAGGGUGGCAAUGUCAUUGCCCCGGACUCGGAGCAGAUCUUCUACGGUAUUCUGGAUGUGUUCAGCAAGCCCAUCUUGUGUUGGAUUAUCCUCUUUGCCCACACCCGCAUUGAUAUCACCCAGCUGGAUCUCCGUCUCUAUGACCGUGGAGAUGUGGAGAGGAACACUCCAAGAUUCAAUGAGAAGGAGGAAGAGAGAGGUGUGGCCGCUGCCAACAACGAUCCCGCCCAAAAUGUUUAG